GUAAUCUGGCCAUUGAUUUGAACAGGAGUUUAAACGCAUAAAAAUUGUCAAGAUGACAACAGUCUUCAGAAUUUUCAGAUAUCAUGGCAGAAUGUGAAGUGAUUGAAAAUUGAAAGAUAGGUACUUCUUUUACGUAUAGUUCUUGCUUUGAAAGUCUAGCGACAACAAAGGAAACAGAAAUGAAUAGAAACUGUUCGUAUUUGAAAUUCGUUAGUCUAUCGUGUUUAGUGAUGUUUACUUUAUUGUUUUUAACCAUGGAUAAUGAAAAUAUACAUGUAUAUUAUGAGGAAACAGGAGACAGUUUUAGGAUUUUGGAGCCCAUGUACGAUAAUAACUAUGAAACUACCACAGGGAUUAGAAUCAUAAAAACUAAAACACAAUACCCAGUCGGCAUGUAUGCACCCUAUCUCAUUAAAAACAGGAACCUGUGUCGACAAUAUGACAAGAUCUCAGCCCUAGUAAUGGUACAUACUUCUAUUGGUAACUUCUGGAGAAGAAAAGAAAUGCGACGGACGUGGCUUAAUAUCUCCCACUAUAGCCCGGAAAACUUGCAAGUGAUAUUCUUAGUUGGUACAUCAAGUGAUAAAAAUAUCCAGAAAGAGUUGGAAAAAGAGAAUUCUCUUUAUCAUGAUAUAAUUCAAGGAGACUUUGUGGACUCCUAUAGGAACCUCACCAACAAGGGCGUGAUGGGAUAUCGCUGGAUUACAGAAAACUGCAUGAAUGCAGAAAUUGUGAUAAAAAUUGAUGAUGAUUCAUUUAUUAACUUUUUCAAAUUUUUUGAAGAAUUCUCUUUUUUGAAACAACGAAAACGAUUCAUUUUCUGCAAUAAAAUCAACCCAAACUCAAUGCCAAUUAUCCGGAAAAAUUCGAGCAAGUGGUUUGUGAGUGACAUAUUUUACAAAGCACAGAAUACGUAUCCACAUACAUAUUGCAGUGGAUUUGUAGUGUUUAUAUCAACAGACCUGAUUCCAGCUCUGUAUCAAGCCGUGUUCACGGCACCAUUUUUUUGGGUGGAUGAUUUCUAUUUAUUUGGUUUGCUUCCAAGUCGUGUGAAAAAUGUGGUGCACGAAAAUUUCGGAGGAAAUUUAACUUUUAUGCAUCCGGAAGGUCUAAAAUGUUACAAGGAACAGAGAAGAAAGUGUAAAUAUCUAGUAAUGCCGGCUAAGGAUAAAGAAAUCGAUCCCAUGUGGAAGGCAGUCAUUGCUGAUAGGCGCCAGAGCGUGUACGGAAAUUAUUAUAUGAAAGUAAAAAAUGCCUAUCGGUGAAAUUGAUUUCUUUAUAUAUAUUUUUUUAAAAGGUGUUUUUUGUACAUUAGUAAAUGAGGAAAGAAAAUUGAUUUAUACUGUGUUCUUAUAUAUGAAAAUGGAACUCGUACAUUUACUUACCUUGUAACUGGUCAUUUGCUUAAUUUCGUUAAAAACAUUCUGAUUGUACACACAAGUACUCUGAAGUUGACAUCAAAAAGAUGUUAGAGUUUCUGCUUGACAA